CUCCAAUCGAUGAAUUCCAAGAGGAUCGAUCCUCUGAAUGUCCAAGUGAACUUCAGGGUUCAGCGGGAACAACAUCUCAUCUCAGUUGUUCAGCAGUAAAGUGCUGAAAAGAGAGAGGUUGGAAGGAAAGGGUGAUUCAAGUUGGAUGGAUAAUAUGAUGCCCUAACUUUUUUUCUUUCUUCUCUUCUUUCUACCCUGUCUCACUCAUCACCAGCUCCCAGCUCAUCAUGGCUGCUUUCGGAGGACGUACAGUCAGCGGUUUGAGCAUGAGCUCGCUCGCCCGGCAUGGGCUUUCCACCACAUCGAGCUCAGUUCGACCACUGGGCUUCACAGCAGCCACCCAAAUACAUCACAGGAGGAAUAGUCCAGCCUCAUCGGUUCCCUCACAACGACGAACCUUUGUCAACGAGGCCGUCACCACCGUCGAGCAGCUCCUCCUCGCCGCCCAAGCCAACCUGCACAUCCCAUGGUACAUUCUCAUUCCCGGUUUCGGCGCGACCAUCAGCCUCAUCUUCCGCGUUCCCGCGGCCAAAUACACCCAGCGGCUCGCCCAGCGCCGGGCCCUGCUCAAGCCCAUUCUGAUGGCAUGGGGCCGGAGGCACUACCAAGAAGUCAACUACGCGAAGCAGGCCGAUCCCGUCAAGCACGACUUUCACCCGCCCACCGAGAUCAUGAAGCGGAUGGAGAAGACGAGCAAAAGGUUACUGAAAGAGUGGGGCGUGCAGCCAUGGAAGCAGUUUGUGCCGUUUUUGGCCUUUCCCGGCUGGCUGGUGGGUAUCGAGGCUUUGAGGAGGUUGUGUGGCGGACCGGUUGGUCUGUUGGGUAUGUUUUUGGGGGCUAAUAAGGAUGGGAGGGCGGCGGCGGAGGCGGCCUCGAAGGCGGCGGAAACCACACAACAAGCAGUGUUACAAGCAACUGAAGCGGCCACAAACGCCACGCAGGCCGUCACGGAAGCAUCCGUCACCACUACCACGCCCGUCGCCGACGCCAUUGUCAACCCCCUAGCCAACAUCCUCCCGGAAUCCCUCUCCAGCUAUUUCCAAAACACCCUCCCCACCACCAUGGAGGGCUGCCUCUGGUUCCCCGACCUCAUGGCCGCCGACCCUCUGCACAUUCUCCCUUUCGUUCUUUCUUUCACCAUGUUCGUCAACGUAAUGCCUCGCAACCAAGAAGGGUGGUUGCGUCUCCUGAACCCCGGGACGGAGGACGUCAACCCAAACAAUAUUGGCGAGCACGCAUCCAAGAUCAAGCAGCAAAAGUCCGUAGGACUUAGGAUGCAGCGGGCGCUGCUGCUGCUGACGCUGAUCGUUGGGCCCGCCACCAUCAACUUGCCGGCGGCGCUGCACCUGUACUGGAUCACGACGAGUCUGACGAGCAACGCGAUCACGAGCGUGGUGGCGGCCAAGAUGCCGUUGCCGCCAUAUCUGGGACCGGCCAAGGGGAGGGGAGAUGAUCCGUAUGUGAGACCGAAGCUGCCGGGGCUGGAUUGGGAGCCGAAUCACACAGCCGUAAAGAAAGUGAUCUCGCAAGCCAUGUCACAAGAUAGAGCAUAGCGGUUUUUGUACAGUAUGUAUGUAGAUGUAUGAGACAUAAGAUACCUAUGGAUGGAUGAUAGAUGGACUGGCCGCCUACAGAGGCCAGAUGGAAACUGUAUAGCCAACAAGAGUCAAAAAAGAAUGUAAGAACUCCGAAAACGCCUUUCC